CACAAGGGAUAUCAUAUACACAACAUGGCUGUCCCUUUCGUUAUUAAGGUUGCAGCCGCCGUAACGGUUCUGCUUGCCGUCAUUCUGGGUGGGAUGUAUGCCUUGUCUCUCCAGGCAAAAAUGUCAAGAUUGCAGUUCGUCAUUUUUGCACAAGCAUUCCUGAUUUUUCUCUCCAGAUUUGUGUGGAAUAACUUCUCGACUAUGUUCGAUAAGCCGUCACGGAAGGAAGGGCUAAGACAUGUCAAAUAUUCGGAUAAAGAUCUUCAUCAGAUGGACGUUGCCCAAUAUGAUCUCAAGAAGUGGACAAUAUGGAGGAUUUUUCUUAUAACGUACUUAGUAUUAUGUCAUAUCAGUUACUUUACGAACUUUUACUUCAUAGGUCGAGAACCGUAUGUUAUAGCAUACAGUUGUUAUGCGGCACUUGGACUAUUGUUUCAGAUAGUGACAGGUUUAGUAUUUGUGAAAGUUAUUCUGUUUUGUGUAAGGUUCAUUUUUAAAAGUAAUUCCUUUUUUUCCAAACAACGGGAAUUACAGUUUGUACUUAUUUAUGCUAUUCUUUUAUGGACGUAUGGUCUUUACAACGCUACUACUCCUCCUGUUGUGAAAGAAGUCCCCAUUCCAGUCAAAGGAUUGCCUGCAUCUCUUGAUGGAUUGAGAAUUGUGCAAAUAUCAGACAUUCAUCUUGGACCAACUGUUGGAAGAUGGAGACUUACUCGCAUAGUAAAUAUCAUUAAUGAGUUGGAUGCAGAUGUUGUUGUGAUGACUGGAGAUCUCGUCGAUGGAAGUGUUGCAAGCCUCAGGGAAGCAGUGGAACCUGUUAAGGAUAUUCAGGCCAAGUUUGGGAAAUAUUUUAUAACAGGCAAUCAUGAGUACUAUACAGGUGAUGUAGACAAUUGGUUCUCUCACCUCCGUGGUCUCGGCUUUAUUGUAUUACACAACAGUAAUGUCCGACUUCCCAGUGAGAAACUACCCACCAACCAACAAAUAUGCCUUGCUGGGACAGACGAUAUCCAUGCUUUAAAGAUAGGGUAUGGUGAUCAUGGGAUGAAGCUUGAUGAUGCUCUGGGGUCAUGUGAUCCAAGUCAGCCAGUAAUUCUGCUUGCCCAUCAGCCGAAGGCAGCCAAGACUGCUUUGGACUCCAAAUACAGAGUUGAUGUUGUCCUGUCAGGUCACACUCAUGGAGGACAGUUCUUCCCAAUGAUGUUUGGAUCUUAUUUUUUGCACCCCUUCUUUUCCGGACUGUAUCGCUAUGGUGAAUCCAGUCAUGUGUACGUCUCAGUGGGUACUCAGUAUAUGGGCAUCCCUAUGAGGAUUGGAGCAACUAUGGAGGUCACAAAGAUAAUACUCACUCCUGGAUAUUUUUAGAAUAAGUCACUUUUAAAUUAUAUGAUUUUUCAAAGAAAUUGAGUUGUUUCACAAAUUUUGCGAAGAAAACAGAGGAGAGACACAUUAAAGAAUUUUGCGUCCGUCCACCCAUCCAUCCAUCCAUCAUUCAUUCAUUCAUUCAUUCAUUCAUUCAUUCAUUCAUUCAUUCAUUCAUUCAUUCAUUCAUUCAUUCAUUCAUGUUGAUAUUCUAUUUUAUAUUUAACAUGUUCCAUGUGGUGUAACCCACAGCAUAUAUAGGCAGUCAUCAGACUGACACAGAUGAAAGAUAUAUUUAACAGUUUCGAUCUACUCUGUUUGUGGGAUUUUACAGGUUGGGAAUCUGCCAUGACAGACAUAAAUGACAUCAAACAACAAUACAGUAUACCCUGGUUAUAAUACCACCAUUUGUCCAGGAGAAAAUAUGGCAUU